CAUUACCAAACGCAGCGCAUUCACCUAGGUCACAGUAAAAUUAGGUUGACGGUUUAUUUAUUUAUUAUGCGUUGAUUAAUUUGAAGCCCCAUAUGCAUUUAGAAUUCCAAUCGCGUGUAUCCUAAUUCGGGAGGUUAUACAAACUUUCAGUGUAGCAGGUCACAUUAAAAAAGCAACCAGUGAUUGGACGAAGUCAAUUCUCGGUCUGUCUUUAUCGACCAAUUCAUUCAUUUUUUGUUGUUGUUAAACAGAUGUUAUAGACUUCAAUGAUAUGGAUGUUCGUUUGGAAAACCACGACGAUACUGCUGCUGCGUGGUUGAGUCCAGAAAUGCUGUCAGUUGCACGGGAAGCCUUCGGUGCUGGGGACUUCAACCUCCUUGCUGAGAUCUACAGCUCCCAGUUGGCGGACCUCCGACACCCGGACCGGGGCCUCUGCCUCCUGAAAGCGGACGCGCUCAGCCGGGCAGGGCGGGUAGCGGACGCUCUGGAAUCAUACUGCACCGCCGCCAACUUGGACAGGUUACGACCAAAUGAACUAGGGUCUCUCGUUGACUGUAUUGCGCACACUUUACGCGUAAAAGAAUGCCUAAAAGAAUGCACAGACUCAGAUGGGGUUUCCGAGGAUGAGCAUUCGUUGGACAUGUUCUCAUGUCGGCUUUGCAAGUGCUUGUUAAUCGAGCCAACAACUUUGGAAUGCGGCCAUACAUUCUGCAAACCAUGCAUUGAGGAUGACUGUAUCAAAGAAUGUCAAUUAUGUCGUUACAAACUGAACGAAACAAGUAGACAAUUAAAACCAAUCUGUUUUAAAGUGAAUGUAGUACUCAGAGGCCUGUUGGAUAAAUGGUUUUGCGCAGAGAGUGAAGCAAGACGAUGCUGGCUUGAAGGGGAUAGAAUGCGGAACGAACGUGGCUUUAUCAACGCUCUUGAAAAAUACAACAACGCUCUUGAAAAAGCCCCUUCUAUGUGUAGGCUGCUGGGCCGACGGGCAGAGCUGCAUAUGGAGAUGAGCAACUUCAGACAGGCCCUACAGGAUGGAGACGCCAUGUGUCGACUGACGCCCCUCUCUCCCAAGGCUCACUACGUGAAGGCCCUGGCUCUGAACAAAGCCGGUUAUAAUGAAGAGGCCCUGCAAGAAUACUUCUACUGUCUGGCUCUGAAGCCAGACUGGACCUCAGUCAAGCUGGAAACGCAAAAGUUAAGCGACUCCACUAUGCUGAGUGAGAUGUUCUCUGUGUUCAAGACGAACGGUCUCCCCACGUCAUCACCCCACCCCCACCAAACAGGCCCCGCCCCCUACCUCAAACCAGCCUCCCUUCUCCUCGGCUCCCUCCAUUCCACCCCUCGUAGAUGGAGCCAAACCCAUAUUGGCCGUAGAGACAGUGUGUCUGACACUGGGGCAGAGACCAAAUCCUCCAAUACCCUAGCUUCUGUCGUGGCUGCCUUACCUCUCCCCCCUUGCCUAAAGAGGAAGUUCUCAGACGAGCCCCAAGGCUCUGCACCCCCAACAAUCUUGUGUUCAGAUGAGUCAAGCUCAUCCCAGAUGCCUGCUGCUUGUUGCAGUGAGAGGAGAGAGGUGCCCCCUCAGCUUCUGGAUAGCUCUGACAUGGACUGCUCUGUUUGUAUGAGGCUGUUCUACGAGCCAGUCACCACCCCCUGUGGACACACCUUCUGCAUGAAGUGUCUUGAGCGAUGUCUGGACCACAACCCCAACUGCCCCCUGUGUAAAGAGAACAUUACAGAGUACCUGGCCACUAGAGGGUACUAUAAGACCCUGCUGAUAGAGGAGGUGCUGCAGCGCUACCUGUCUGAGGAGCUGGCUGAGAGGAGCAAGAUGCACCAGGAAGAAAUGGCAGAGCUGUCAAACUUGACCCAGGAAGUGCCCAUCUUCAUCUGCACCAUGGCAUUUCCCACAAUCCCCUGCCCCCUGCAAGUCUUCGAGCCGUGUUAUAGGCUGAUGAUCCGACGCUCUAUGGAGACGGGAACCAAGCAGUUUGGAAUGUGCAUCGCUGACGACAUCAAAGGCUUCGCAGACUACGGCUGCAUGUUGGAGGUGAAAGACGUGAAGUUCCAACCAGACGGGCGCUUGGUGGUCGACACGGUCGGAGUGUCCCGCUUCAGAGUGCUGAGCCACGGCCACCGCGACGGCUACAACACAGCCAAGAUAAAGCACCUGGAGGACCAGAAGGUGGAGGGAGAGGAGCUGGCGGAGCUGCAGAAGCUGCAUGACUGUGUGUACGAGCAGGCCAGCACCUGGUUCACCUCCCUCAAAGACAACAUGAAGAACCAGAUCGUCAGCCACUUUGGACAGCUGCCUGAAAAAUACUGUGACAUCCAGGGGAGUGUCAGUGGUCCUGCAUGGUGUUGGUGGCUGCUGGCUGUACUGCCCCUGGAGAAGAGAGCCCAGCUAAGCAUCCUGGCCAUGACCACCCUCCGAGAGCGCCUCAGCACCACCCGCCGGGUGCUUAGCCUCGUCACACGCAAACACCUGCCAACACGGCAACCAUCUUCCUCAGCAGCAGCAGCAUCAUCACUGUAGUGGCCCCCCUACAGGGGAUCAGUUUAGAAUAAUCUGGGCCCAGUUAGAUAACUUUUGACAAUCUGGAUGUCGCCUAUCAGCUAAGAUUAAAUGCAUAUAAAUAUAAUGAAUAGAACAGGAGUCCCCGUUGAAGUCAGUUAUUUUUCUGUUCUAUUAAUUAUAUUUCUAUGCAUUUAAUCCUAUCCGAUAGACUAAAUCCGGAUAGAUAAUUUUGGGAAAACUGGGCCCUGGAGAAGAAGGGAGAAACUACAUUUUCCUCAGAAGCUCUAGCCUCAAAUAGCUCUAACAGUGGGAAUGAUUUACCAGUGUUGUUCAUGAUCUCAGGAAUGGGUUUCGACUUGAGUCUUACAAAAAGGAUCGAUGGACUAGCCCUACCCAACCAAAACACAUAAAUGAGUGUCAUGUUUGCACACAUAUCUUUGGGUCAAUUCCAUUAUGUCCAGUUCUGUCAUGUUUAUGUGUGGUACAUUAGGUUCAUCUUGUUUUAUUGUUGACCUGUGUACAAGAGGCCUUAAAUUAUUUUUGCAAUAUGUUUUUUUUCUACUAUUUGUCAUGUGAAAACAAUUUUCAUGUACAGAAAUGUAGCAUGUUUCUAUGGGACAUAAUUAAGAUUAAUGCACACCAUCCCUGACUGGAAUAAUAUGUUCUACUGUAUAUUGGUAAUUAUGGCACGAGGGAGCGCUUGAUGCAAGCAAGAGAAAAAUAGCAGCACAACAGACAUUGUAGUAGCACCAAACAUCCACAGGGUGGCAGUCCCUUAAUUAAGGGAAUGUUAAUCUUUGGAUGCUGUACAGCAGGGGUGUCAAACUCGUUCUACAGAGGGCCAAGUGACUGCAGAUGUUUUAGUUUUUUUUCCUUUCAAUUAAGACCUACACAACCAGGUGAGGGGAGCUCCUUCCUUAUUAGUGACCUUAAUUCAUCAAUCAAGUACACGGGUGGAGCGAAAAGCUGCAGACACUCGGCACUCUGGAAUGAGUUUGAUGUGCUGUACUGUACAGUAACAAUGAGGCCAAGUGGUGUUUCUUUCCACUGUUCUGUUGUGAGGCACGCAUAGACACUCGCCUUCAUAGUUAUCUACAUGAGUCUAUUCCAAAAUCACACAGUGGGUCUCUUUCCCCCCACAACCAGAGGUUGUCAAGAGGCCUGGGCAAAGGCACAAAAUAUGCCAUUUUGCAAAUUGUAAGGACGGGUGUACUCUGUGGUCACCACAUUAAAAGCUUCUGUGACACUGUAUCUCAGUCACAGUCAGAUCUAGGAGAUGCAGUCAGGUGAGUCAUUUGGGAUACUAUGAAGUCAGAACCGGAAACCUCACGUAUUUGUAGACAAUGAGUCACCUCUGUGCUUUGUCAUCACCAUGUUGGAAUGAUCUGGAGUCUCCCCCAAUUGAUUCAUUAGCCAAACCCUCUCGAUAAACACACACCUUCGUUCGCCCAGACCAGUGGAGGCUGCUGAGGGGAGGACAGCUCAUAAUAAUGGCUGGAAUGGCUUCAAACCAUGUGUUUGAGGUAUUUGAUACCGUUCCACUGAUUUUGUUCCAGCCAUUACCACAAGCUCGUCCUCCCCAGUUAAGGUGCCACCAACCUGUGUCCCAGACACAUUUGCAGAAAUUGCUCACUAACAUUUUUGGUAACAAGAAUGUGAAAAUUGCAUUUUAUUGCGUUCAAUUAAUCUUAACUUGUACCUUUUUAAAUGUAUGAUUUUGUUAAUUGGGCCCAACAUGUUUAUUAUUAAAACCAUUCUAUAUAGUUAUACAUUUACCAUAAACUUCAUCCUCAACAGUCAAUUCUCUCCUCAAUUUGAGUGUGUUUGCCACGCAUACUAAUUGGCCAAACCUGAUCUUAAUUGGUUUGUGUCUUGAAAGGGGGUCUGUUUUAACAGUGUGAAAAUAAUGCUUUGCAGAGGUAGACAUUCUAUAUGCAAUGUGGGAAAGGUUGUUGUUUUAAUAACCCAUAGCCUAAUAAAUAUUUAUUGAAUUCUGA